ACCUCGCGGACCUCAGAACUGAAUGAGCGUCCCACCUGGAGUCUCCAAGCAUCUUCUGAUGGUGCCUCCAACCUGAAGCUGGGAGUUCCACAGGAGCCAAAGCGACUGCUGUCUUUGAGAAGGUGUUCAGAGCUUCUGAAGUCACGAUGAGCCUCCUCUUCCUCUUCUCCAUGUCAUUGGCUGCAUCCGUUUCCCCAGUUUCGGCUUCGUGGUCGGCCACUUACCCGGAGAAUUUGUGGGCCGUGAAGGAUUCCUGUGUGGUGCUUCCGUGCGCCUUCGCCUUCCCCAGCGACGUCUCCGCCACUAAUGGGAUCGUGGGCAUCUGGUUCAAGGAAGAGGAUAAGCAGCAGAUCACCAUUUUCAACUCCGGCUCUCUCGAGGCGGCCGAUGCCCGCUUUCGAAGCCGCACCGAACUCCUGGGGGACCUCCUGGAACGUAAUUGCACCUUGGUCCUGCGACAUUUGACCAAGGAGGACACCGGCCAGUAUUCCUUCCGGUUCGAAAUAGUCAAGGCAAAUAGCUGGACGGAGAGGAAGCAGCUCCAGCUGACCGUCACUG